AUGGCCGCCAUCCAGAAAACUGUGUUCGCCAUCGUGUGCCUAUGCCUGGCCUUUAACGUGGUGUUGGGCCAGCAGCAGCCCGCCAAUAGCUCGGACUCCGACUCGGAUGUUGCUGAGAGCCGCACGUUCGGCCACCAUUUCCUGCGCCGCAUCAGCUUCGCUCUUGUGCCCGGAGCCUUCGUGGUGGGCGUGAUCACCACCCUGCUGGCGGCCCUGACGGUCGUCUCCAUGAAGGGACUGGGAGUGGGCGUCAUCCUGCUGGUGCUGGCCAUCGGACAGAUGCUGUCGCGAGCCCUGCCGGUCCAGGCAGCCGCCUAUGCUGCCGCACCCGUGGCGGCUCCAGUGCCCGUCGUCUACUCGCACUCGCACACCCAGCAGCCCGUCUGGCUGGAGAAGGAGUGGUAGAGAUGGGAUCCAUACGGCGCUCGAAUGGGGCCAAAGAUCGAGAUCAGGACGAGAAAGCGAGCUGGUAGCAGGCCAUGUUUUACCUCAAUCUCAGCGAGCAUGCAACCAAAUAAUAAUUUAAGACUAGUUUAAAUUAUU